AUGCUUCCUCUGCUACACUUCUCCCGUCGCUGCCCUGGCUGGCAUGUGAACCCCCGAGGGCCCGCGCAGAAACCUCACCCUUCCCACCCCCAACAUUUAGUUACAUUUGGAUCUAACUGCCGUCUCGGAUCCCAGACUGUGCUCGUGGGUGGAGCAUGUCUGCAGGGAGAAAGCAUCCUUCGCCCACCGUCACCAGCCUCCCCCUCCUGCUCCCACCCGGUCAGGCUGACCCUCCGCGGAGCCCGGCACCCCUGCCGGCUUCCUCCGCGCGGGCUCGCCACGCCCCUCGCAGUCAUUGGCCGCAGGGAUGCUGGGAGCCUCGUGUUGGGUUCCGGGAAAUGUAGUCCCUUGUUAGCCCCUGGCAACAAGGUCCUAGGUGGGGUCGGCUGGUUCCCGGGUUGUGACGGCCAAAGGCAGGUCUGGACCCAAUCUGCGGACUGUCCCUUCCCACCGGCUUCACCUGCCCCUCCCCCCGCGGGCGGACAGAUUAGAGCAGCGCAGCGGGUGACUUCUUUCAUUGCAACUGUGUUCUCGGGAACCGCGUGUCGAGUGGUGUCUGUGGGUUCAAUUUGCUAUCGGGUCCGCGGGCAGAGCCUUCGCUGCAGCGGUGACGGGGCUCGCGCCGGGGCCGGUACUGACCGGGCUAGGGGCCGGAGUCGGACGCAUGGUUGUGGCGGCCGCAGGUUUGGCAGCAGUCGCGCCUUCGCGGGGCCCCGCGGCCUUUUCGACGGUCGCUCCUUCGCGGAGGCUCGCGGCGUUGUCCGCCUUCGGGCCCCACCUGGCGUCCAGGGUUUCGGCGGGGUUGCAGCGGCUGGACCAGGUCGGAGUGGAGACGGAGACGCGGGCCACGGUGACUUCCGGCGCUGGGCUGGCCGCGGUGGGCACGCUCGCCGAGACUCGGGCCGCGGCGGGCGAUGGCAUCGGGCCGUCGAGGAAGAGUCUGCCACCCAAGGCUGGGAAAAACGCAGCAUAUUGCAUCACAGAGACGCGAGCAGGCUCUGAGAGGAGGGCCGCGCCCGGAGCAGUCAGGGUCAGCCAAUCUUCAGUCACUUUCUCCGGCCAGUUUCCUGACCCUCUGCUGUGGCAGGGACCACAUCUGGGUCCACAGCCUUUUCUGCUAAGUCCCUGAACCAAUCACUGUGCUCCAGUGCCUGUUCUUUCCCCGAAGUCCCCUCACUUCACU